CGGCAAGCCACAUGGUCCUUAACAGCUGUGACUGAUCAUUGUUGUCAACCAACUAAGAAAACAGCGUAACUGUGCACGGAGUCCAGUGAAGAUACAAAUUAUUAUUCAACAGAAUGAGGAGAAGCAGGUGUGGUGUGCAGUGCGGGGCUCUGCUCCUCCUCCUGUCCUCCUCUCUGCUGUGUGUUCGCUCACAGGUGGAGUCGCAGCACCACCAGCAGCAGCAGCAGCCGCCGGUCGUAGAGAGCGCAGCUCACAUAUCCGGCCACGGUCACGGUCGCCUGGACAAGAACAUGAUCCAGGACAAAGACCACAUCAUGGAGCACUUAGAGGGAGUGAUAGACAAACCCGAGAAAGACAUGACACCCCAGGAGCUGCAGCUGCACUACUUCAAGAUGCACGAUUACGAUGGCAACAACCUGCUGGAUGGGCUGGAGCUAGCCACAGCUAUCACUCAUGUACACAGAGAGGAGAGAGGAGAGAACAGCCAGCCAAUGAAAGAGGAGGACCUUAUUACUCUCAUCGAUGACGUUCUGAAGGACGAUGACAAAAACAAUGACGGUUAUAUAGAUUACGCAGAGUUUGCCAGAUCACUGGAGUAAGAUGUCACCUGAGCACUGACGUUCCUCAUGUCCACAACGACAACAAGGAAUCAAACUGAGAAGCUGCCACCAAGCGGUCAAGAGAACCACCGUUUAACCUUUGCUUCCUCUCUCACAGGCGAUCAAUCAGGGUUAUUGGUAAUUUAUGAAGUUUGGGAAAUUUUUGUACGUUUAUUAAAGUUUUUUUUUUAUCUAAUGUCCAAGCUGGUAGCAGCAAACCUGGUUAAAAUAGUAAAUUGUUAAGCAACAAAAAAGAGGAAAUGCCUUUGUUUUUGGUUCGACUCUGGUGUAUGAUCACACUAGCAGUGACAUUUCUGCGCACUCUUCUUUUGUAGGCUCCUUCAAAUCAUGCCAUUUUGUAAAGGACUGCUUCCCCCAAUGUCACUAACAACAGCUUAGCCCCUCAAUGUAUCUAACCCAGUCUGAUGAGCUUUAAAGAUCUCUGCGUUGACUUCUGACAGAAGCUUAUCCAAUCAAAGCCCAAUACUUUCAUUGGGCAACUAUUGUACAUCUACCAAUGAAAGCUGUUCUCAUGAAGGUCUGUGGACUACCCGAAGUAACCUGGACAUUAUUCAUGUCAUUCAGAACACACAAAAUUCCAUUUACCUCCAUCGUAUUGGUGUGGCAGCAGAGGUCUCUUUGGCAGUUAUCGCACAACUGUGGCCAAUCAAACCAACACUACCUGCAUCGCUACUGUUCUUGUGAUUUUGGUAGUUUUAGGUGAAUUCUCCUUUAGUACACUCACUAGUGUGUGUUCUACUUUUAGUGGUGCUACACUUAAUCCACUCUGGUUGCCCAAUAGCAUGUAAACAGAGUGCCAUGACUUUAAAUGGCCAGCACUCUGUUUAACUGCUCUGCUUCACAUGUGCACACACAGCACGGUGGACCGAUUCCUUCUGUGAAUCCAUUUCAUUUGCUGUUAGUGAUGAGGAGGAGAAAAACGGGUCGUUCUCAUAACACUGGUGGCCUUGACUCGCUCAGAUGUGCAGUAUAUAGCCUGAUGUCGUGUGUGUGUGUAGAGAGUAGAGGUUUAUUUUGGAGGUUACAGCACAGCAUUGAAUGUUGCCAGCAGAGACUCCGUGCAGCACAGUGGCACGUCAGCGCCACAUGUUACUGUCUGAGGUUGUAUUUGCUGUUUUCAUGAAGAUUCCCACAUUUAAAUAUGAGCCAGUCACCAUCAUCUGCACUGCAGUCGGUCAGCCAGCAGAUACUUGACGUGAAUCUGAUGUCACAGAGUGAAUGUAAAGCAGCACAGCACUGCUGAUUCUUCGUCACUGGAUAAGCUAGACUUAAAGCACACUGGUUGAUGCUGCUGCCACUGCAGUCGUUUAAAAGCCCACUUCAUGGGUUUCCAGUGAAGCACUUGUUAUAUAAACCAUUGAACACAACUCGUUUGCUUCGACUCAUUAGCUGCCUUUAAAACAGAUAUGGAUCAAACAUGUCAGGUCUCUGUGUGUUUCUACGUUUGUUGAAUCCAUCUGUGACUCUUUCUAAAGUAUGAUUUCGUAUGGAUGAAUUCUAUAUUUUUGCCAUCAGUAUUGAUUCUUCAAUCAAUUCAGGUUGUUAAAUGGAAAUGUAUUAAAAAAAAUGAUUGCAUAACAGAUGCAACUGUGUUGUCUCUGGGAUGUGAAUUAAAAACUAAUCUACA